GCGUGUGGGCGCACUACGGGGGCCGAAAGAGGAAGAAAUGUGUGCGCGCGCGGCGUGGCUGGGCCUUCGGGCCCCUCUGGGCGGGCGACGGGGCUUCACCUCCAAGGCGGAUCGUCAGGGAGGCGGCCGGAUCACUGCCGCGGUGAUCGCGCACCUGGAGCGCCUAGCGCUUGUGGACUUCGGCAGUCGCGAGGCAGUGGCGCGACUGGAGAAAGCCAUCGCCUUCGCCGACCGGCUCCACACCGUGGACACGGAUGGGGUGGAGCCCAUGGAGUCCGUCCUGGAGGACAGAUGUCUAUACUUGAGAUCUGACAACGUAGUAGAAGGCAACUGUGUUGAAGAACUACUACAAAACUCCCAUCAUGUCAUGGAGGAGUAUUUUGUGGCCCCCCCAGGUAACAUUUCUUUGCCAAAGCUGGAUGAACAAGAGCCCUUUCCAGACAGCUGAGUAACUAUUCUGGGAAGGGAGCAUCCUGUGAACACAUGUAAUGUGCAAUGACAGUAUUUUGUUACUAUGAAUACUGAAGUUCCUCCUUCUUUCAGUUACCUGAAAAAAUGGAUGCUUAAGCAUUUCUUCAUAGCAACUGACUCUUCUGAAGACAAAAAUUGGGUAACAUCUAGCCAAAACAAGGCAAUGAAUUCCUGAUGCUGAUGGAAAUAAAAGGAAAGAGCAAAAGCCAGCUUCCAAGGAAA